AUGGCCAGCGAGCUUUCUCCCCGUGCUGUGCGCUUCUCGCAGACGGACGAUGAGCCGAUUGCCCGGCCCGACAAGCACAAGACUGUGUCCCGACCGCAGAUUUCCCAUGGCAACGAUUCGGACAAUUCCAAUUCCUCACCCGACGCCCACGAGGAUCACCACAUCCGGGAGCAGAUUGACGAGCUGGGUUCUUUGAGCCGAUAUGUCGACAAUCAUGCUGGCUCGGUCCCUUCUCUGGUGACCGGGUCCCUGACCAGCUCCCUACCUCUACAGGUGACCAAUGGAUCGAGCAGUCGCCGCGGUGCUAGCUCCGAGACCUAUGCCAAUGGGACUCCGUCGCGACCACAGCGCCCCACCGCCCCUGCCAGGACGCCCUCCAACACAUAUCAGCCCUACAACCAGCGCAGGCCCCCACAAGGCCCGCCUUCGUCCUAUAUGGGCAACGGGCCCCACGCCCGCGACGGCUCCAGACCACGCCCCUUGAACGGCACCUCGACCUUCAGGGCCCAGGAGAGAGAGUAUGUGCGCCGAUUACGUCAACAGGACUACAACAGCGACUACUUCGACGCUUACGGCUCCGGUGAGCAAUACGAUUCCGACUCGGAAGGCGAAACGCCAUCUUCCGAGGGCCCGUUCGACAGCUACGAUGAUGCGCAUAUCAUGUUCGUUAAUAACGAGGACAUUCAGAUCACCGAGGAUGACCUGAGAGACCCCGAGAGCCGCGAGAGAUUAGAAUGGCACGGCAUGCUUGAGGCUGUGCUCACCGGUGAUGUCGUGAGGCAAGAGAAGAAGCGUCUCAUCGGCUCCAACGACGAGGAAUUUGCAAAGUCAGCCCACAAUGUAGAGCUAUGGCUUGGGAUCCGGGCCAGGUUAUGCGGUAGGCAUCUGCCAGUCCAGAAGAGGGUUGUGGAAGACGCCCGUGCAGCGCUGGACCGAUCCAUCAACGACAUCAUCAACUUUGCGAUUGCUGGAGAGAGCGAGGCAGGGAAGCCGCCAUUCGAGCAGGUUCGCGACGUGGUCAACAAGAUCGAAAAGAUCGAGAGCCUCUAUCCGUCCAGUAGGGAACUCAUGACCGCCCUCAAGCCUGGUGUUUAUUCCGCCUAUCAGGAGACAUGCGACGCGGUGAUAUCAUGGUACAACGUCAAUGAGAUGAUCAACACGGAGCUGUCGAUCCUGAAAAAGUGGGUCGGCAACGAUGCUCUGGACUUCUCCCGCACCAAGGAAAAGUCGCCUAGUGGGAACGGCCUCAGUGACGAAUCAUCUUUCCUCGAUCGUCUCAUGAAGGAGGAGGGUCUCAAGUCAUUACACGAAGACAACGGCUCGGAACCGAAAAGCUUAAAGAAGAAGAGCAGGCUGGAUGGCAUCUCUCGCGUCAUCACCAAGGCUAAGGAUACGCUCAUCGAGAAUGCCGAAGCCUUCCAGAAGCGCCAUCUCCCCCCAUACAUUGAGGAGUUGCUCACCCUCAUCAGCUUCCCAUCCCGACUCAUCGAGGAGAUCAUCAAGAUGCGGUUAGCUUACGCCAAGAAGAUGAAGGACUCGGCACAACAAAACCCCAUGAUGCAAGAUCAAAUGAUCGCACAGUUCCAGGUUCUCCUGAAGCUCGCCAUCAAGAUCAAGUGCGAGUAUAUGGAAAUUGCUCGCCCGGAGCCCGGUUGGGACUUGCCUCCAUGUAUCGAUGAGGAUUUCGACCGUGUCAUCCUGGAUGCCCUCAAGUACUAUUUUAAGCUGUUGAACUGGAAGCUCAGCGGCAACAAGAACACCUUCAAGGAGGCCGAACUGCUCUUCCAGGAGUGGGGUUUCGGAAACGAAAUCGGGCGUUACUUGACACACGGCGACGUGGAAGUCGCGGAACAGUUCAGUUCUCUAACCUUCAAGGCCUGGAACCGUCUGAGCCAGACUUUUGAAAAGGAGCUUCAACGAAGGCCGAAAGAGAGCGUGGCUGAGAUGACGAAGCGGUAUAAACAAAUUCUAGACUCCGUCCGAGUUCGGCAGCGAAUGCUGCAGCGUUUCUCCAGGAUGUUGAACGACAACUAUGAGAAUGCAUGCGAUUACACCAUCGCUUUUGAUACUCAGCGGCUCCAGGAACUUUUCGACCGCCUGAUGGAAACGGGCCAUUUCCAGGUUUACAGUGGCAGUCCGGAGCACAAAGACAUACUCAUUAUUGCCUCCCCGACACUUCUUAAUCGUGACGAUGAGAUCCAAGUGCUGAUGGGUACCUUCUCAUAUGAGGCUGCCAUUGAGGAUCCAUCUGACCCCUACCUUCUCCUCAUCAAAGCCGAAAAUUCACCACAGUGGUUUGGGCCAAUCCAUAACCUCAGAGUCCGCGAUGAGCCUUUGGACAUCAAGUUGGGACAUAUGCGACUUAUCGCCGGCGGCUGCCAACCCAGACUGUUGAGUGCGCGCAAGGCCUUCAUCGAGGCGAUUGAUAUGCAGAUCGACCCAGUCGUAGAGCAGCGGUCAAACUUGCAAAAGGUCAACAUCAGGCUGAUGGAGAUCCGCAAGGUUGCCUUCAAGCUCUCGAACGCUUUCAUGGACAGUGUGGAAGCCAUCCGCCGACAGACACGGGGUCUCAACUGCCAAGAACUAAUACAGACGUGCUUCAUCUUCGCAACCGAGUUCGGUCAGCGGUCUUUGCUGUACAUGGACAAUAACCGACGCACGAUGAACAACCUGAAACUGACCAAGCUUGCCUUGGACUGGGUGAGCUUCAUCUGCGACGACUGCAUCUCCUCAGAUCGGAAAACCUUCCGUUGGGCCGUGCAGGCUCUCGAGUUUGCCAUGGGCAUGACGCGUGGAAGACACAUACUAGCCCUCGGCGAUGAUGAGUAUGCGAGAUUGAGGGCCAAGGUUGCUGGGUGUAUGGCGCUCUUGAUUUCUCACUUCGACAUUAUGGGUGCCAGAUCUAGCGUGGCCGCCCAGGCGGAGAAGCAACGCUUGGAAGGCCUCGUCAAUCAGAUCAAGCGCCUCAACAAGGGUCAAAUGUUGGAUGACAAUGAAGCAGCCAAAUACUACCAAGAACAUCGCCUGGAAGAGCUAGCAAGAGUGGACAACUACAGAAAGGAGAUUUUGCUGCAACAAUCUGCCAUGGGCAGAGUCUUGGAAGCUUCUAACGAGGUGGAUCGGUCACUUGCGUGGCUCUCCUCGACAGCGACCAACUUCACCAUGAGAUGGCAGCAAGGUCACUUUGUGGGUGGUGGAACUUUCGGCAACGUGUACGCGGCUGUGAACCUUGAUACCGGUCAGCUGAUGGCCGUGAAGGAGAUUCGCCUGCAAGAUCCUAAACUGAUCCCCAGUAUUGCUGGUCAGAUCAGGGAUGAAAUGCGGGUUCUGGAGACGGUCGAUCACCCCAACGUGGUUUCUUACUACGGUAUCGAGGUCCAUCGAGACCGCGUGUACAUGUUCAUGGAGUUCUGCUCCGGAGGCUCUCUUGCCAACCUGUUGGAGCAUGGCAGAAUCGAGGAUGAACAGGUUAUCAUGGUUUACGCGUUGCAGCUUCUGGAAGGUCUUGCGUACCUUCACGAGUUGAAGAUUGCUCAUCGCGAUAUCAAACCAGAGAAUAUCCUCCUCGACCAUAACGGCAUAAUCAAGUAUGUCGAUUUUGGUGCGGCCAAACUCAUCGCCCGCCAGGGACGGACGUUAGUACAAGACCUCACCAGCACCAAGCCCAACAAGUCGAUGACAGGCACGCCCAUGUACAUGUCGCCCGAAGUGAUCAAGGGUGAGAAUCCCGGUCACUUCGGCGCGGUUGACAUUUGGUCUCUCGGCUGUGUCAUCCUCGAGAUGGCGACUGGCCGAAGGCCAUGGGCCAACCUGGACAACGAGUGGGCCAUCAUGUACAACAUUGCCCAGGGCAACCCGCCCCAGCUGCCCAGUCAAGACCAGCUCAGCCCUCAAGGGAUCGACUUCCUGCGACGCUGUUUCAUCCGGGAUUCCACCAAGCGCGCGACCGCCAUGGAGCUGUUGCAGCACGAGUGGAUCAUGACCAUCAGGAACAGAGUUGUCGAGCCCGCCACCCCUAGUAGCGACGCAGGUUCAACGACGAGUCAAGGCAUGGUCAACCCAGCAAAUUCUUCACGGAGCAGCUUCCCCGGCGAUGGGAUGUACUGA